GUCCCCUGCCUCCCGCAGCCCCGCGCCGCGCCGCGCCGCGCCGCGCCCGCCGGCACCUCCCCGCCUCCGCGCCCGCUUUGCCGCGGGGCUGGAGCCGGAGCCGGAGCCGGAGCCGGGCCGGGAGCAGGAUGCCCGCCGGGCGCUCGGCGCAGGCCCCGGUGACAUUCGAGGACGUUGCAGUCUAUUUCUCUCCAGAAGAAUGGAAAGAGCUGGUCGAGUGGCAGAAGGAGCUGUACUGGGACGUGAUGAAGGAGAACUACGAGCUGGUCACUUCAUUAGUAGAUGAUGGGCUGACAAAUGAAAGCCUGGAGGAAAAGAGUCGGGAGGAGGAGGUGGAAAGCUUGCCCAUGCAGCCCUUCCUUGCAAAGCUCAAGGAGAAGGUGCUCCAGAGCCCAGCAAAGACGAAAUCCUGCCCAAACCCUAGCAAACUGCAGGCCACGCCGAGAGGCUCUGCAUGCACCCCACCAGAGAGACCUCUGAGCAGUCUGGCUCCGCAAAAGUCCCCAGGGGCAGAGAGACCCCCCGGCCCGCCGGAGCGCGAGAGGAGCUUCCUGGAGAGACACGAGCUGCUGAUGCGGCCCCGGAGCCGCAAGCGAGAGAGGCCGUUCCCCUGCAGCGAGUGCGGGAAGUGCUUCUCCCAGAAGGGCGACCUGAAGAUCCACCUGCGCAUCCACACGGGCGAGAGGCCAUACGCCUGCCCCGAGUGCGAGAAGCGCUUCACGCAGUGCGGCUACCUGAAGAUCCACCUGCGGCUGCACACGGGGGAGAAGCCCUUCCCUUGCGGCGACUGCGGGAAACGCUUCCCAUCCAAGGGCGACCUCAAGAUGCACCAGCGCAAGCACACGGGCGAACGCCCCUUUCUGUGCAGCGAGUGUAAGAAGAGCUUCACCCGCAAAGUGGACCUCAAGGUGCACCUGCGGAAGCACACGGGCGAGCGUCCCUUCACGUGCCCGGAGUGUGCGAAGAGCUUCACCUCCAAGGGCUACCUUAAGAUCCACCUGGGGCAGCACAAGGGCCGGCGCCCAUUUGCCUGCCUGGAGUGCGAGAAGAGCUUCAUCUCCAAGGGCUCGCUGAAGAUCCACCAGCGCGUCCACACGGGCGAGACGCCCUUCAUGUGCCCCGACUGCGGGAAGAGCUUCACCACCAAAGGGUACCUCAAGAUCCACCAGCGGCUGCACACGGGGGAGACGCCGUACCCCUGCGGUCAGUGCGGGAAGAGCUUCUCCACCAAGGGCUACCUCAAGAUCCACCAGAAGAUCCAUGCCGAAGGCGCGCCUUUUGCCUGCGACACCUGCGGAAAGAGCUUCGCCACCACGCGGUACCUCAAGAUGCACCAGCGCAGCCACACCGGGGAGAAGCCCUUCACCUGCCCCGAGUGCGGGGAGAGCUUUGCCCAGAAGGACUACCUCCGCAUCCACCAGCGCACGCACAAGGGAGAGGGGCUCUUCACGUGCCCCGACUGCGGGAAGAGCUUCACCGCCAAGUAUCUGCAGAUCCACCGGCGCAUGCACACCGGGGAGCGGCCGUACGCGUGCACGGACUGCGGGAAGCGCUUCACGGCCGAGGGCUCCCUCAAAGUCCACCGGAAGAUCCACACCCAGGUGUCGCGGAGCAUCUGCGGGGACUGCGGGAAGAGCUUCUCUUCCCUGCGCUAUCUCAAGGUGCACCAGCAGAUCCACGCCCGGGACCUGGUGCAGCUGUCCGUGGGGAGCAGAGGGGCCUCGCCGCCGGCUUACAUCCCACCAAACCCCCCCCGGGAAAUGAUUGCCUUCACCUGCACUGUCUGCGAGAAGAGCUUCUGCCAGAAGUCAAAUUUGCUAACGCACCAGAAGACCCACGCCGAGGAGAGGCCGGCUGCGAUGCAAAAGCCCGGCUUCCCUCCCCUGGCUUCUGCGGAGCUGUGCCCCGGGAGCCUGCCCCAGGACGGGCUAAGAACAGGGGCCAGUCACCUGGACCCCAGUCCCUGCCCCCUCCCUUUGGAUUUGAAGCCCAGCUUCCCAUUUUCUCCGCAGACCCCACCUCUUUCCCCCGGGAUAAAUCUAGCUGUCUCUUGAACUCGCCUUGCCACCUGCUUAUGCCCAGCGACCUCUUCUGCGUGAUUGAGACCUCCCUUUGCAUGACGUAGCUCUGCCCAGGUUCCCCCGUUCACUUCCACUCCCUGGUGCUCCCGUGCGGUACCGUGUCCGAGGUAGGGAUCGUGCCCUGGUGGAGUGAGCCCCAGUUUUGCACGCUGUCUCAGGCCUUACAGACUUGCUCGUUGUUCGUUUUUCAUCCAUAACGCCUGCUCUGGCUUUUCUGCAGCAACUUCGCACCAAGCCUGCACCUAGGGAGGAAAAAUGUCCAGCACACCUACAGCCUAGGGAAUGACCUGCUGGGUGGCACGGAGGUGGAAAGGGAUCUUGGAGUCCUAGUGGACUCCAAGAUGAACAUGAGCCGGCAGUGUGACGAAGCCAUCAGAAAAGCCAAUGGCACUUUAUCGUGCAUCAGCAGAUGCAUGACAAAUAGGUCCAGGGAGGUGAUACUUCCCCUCUAUCGGGCGUUGGUCAGACCGCAGUUGGAGUACUGCGUGCAAUUCUGGGCGCCGCACUUCAAGAGGGAUGCGGAUAACCUGGAGAGGGACCAGAGAAGGGCAACUCAUAUGGUCAAGGGCCUGCAGACCAAGCCCUACGAGGAGAGACUAGAGAAACUGGACCUUUUCAGCCCUCGCAAGAGAAGGUUGAGAGGUGACCUUGUGGCUGCCUAUAAGUUCAUCACGGGGGCGCAGAAGGGAAUUGGUGAGGAUUUAUUCACCAAGGCGCCCCCGGGGGUUACAAGAAACAAUGGCCACAAGCUAGCAGAGAGCAGAUUGAGACUGGACAUUAGGAAGAACUUCUUCACAGUUCGAGUGGCCAAGGUCUGGAACGGGCUCCCAAGGGAGGUGGUGCUCUCCCCUACCCUGGGGGUCUUCAAGAGGAGGUUAGAUAGGCAUCUAGCUGGGGUCAUCUGAACCCAGCACUCUUUCCUGCCUAUGCAGGGGGUCGGACUCGAUGAUCUAUUGAGGUCCCUUCCGACCCUAACAUCUAUGAAUCUAUGAAUCAAGCCAGUGGUUGCUGUGAUUUUAACCCCCAGGCUACGACUCAGUGCACUGCGUUGUUAACACUGUUUAGCACAGGUCCCCUAUGCUGCUUGCUUGUUUGCACGCUCAUUUCGUCGCACAGUGCAUUCCCAACCAGCCAGCCCAAACGUCCAACUGAUCCUCCUCCUUCCCUGCUCCCUUCUGUUAUUCCCUGUCAUCUCCUCUGACUCCAGCUUAGCUUCACGUACAUCCUUGGAAAUCAUGGGCCAGUUCACAGCCUGCUGGCUUCACUGGAGUGGUACCAGGGAUGAAUUUGGACCUUCCCUUUCAAUAACUUUCAAGCCAUUGAGUGCACUGGCCCUGGGGCAACUGCACUCCUCAUCUUUCUGUUUCUCCACGUUGACUUCUGUUGUAUCUGUAAUAAGUAUUAGAAACGGUUUGCUUGAAACCCACAUUGAAUAUAACCACAACUGCACGAGACAGGAACUGUUGCUAGGUGCUGCUAGAAAUGUAACUGCAGACCUCACCACAAAUGCAUACAAGAAACAAAAAGCGCCCACCCUGCUUCAGGUGAAAGAGUGUCUCUCUGAGAUGAUGCACCUUAGAAACCAAUGGAGAAGUGAAACAGUGAGCGUGAGAGGUGUUGGGAGGGAUUGGAAACAGCCCCUAAAAUCAUAAAAUCAUAGAAAAUGAAGGUUGGAAGGGACCCCAGGAGGGCACAUCUAGUCCAACCCCCUGCUCCAAGCAGGACCCGCUCCAACUACAUCAUCCCAGCCAAAGCUUUGUCUACCUAGGCCUUUAACACCUCUAAGGAUGGAGAGUGCACCACCUCUCUGGGGAGCCUGGCCCAGCGCUUCACCACCCUCCUCGUGAGAGGUUUUCUUGAUGUCCAACCUCAACUUCCCUUGCUGCAGCUUCUCCCCACAGAAGCUGAUGCUGUCUGAGUCCUUUUCUUGCAUGACUUCCCCUGAGGAUUCACCAUGCGGCACAGGCCGUCUCAGCUGGCCCCUGAGCAUCUUUAGUGAUGCAACCCCAGGGAAGGAAGCCAGGGCUGGGAAUCCACUCCUCUUCAUCCAGGGACUUUUUGUGGUUCAUACAUUAGGGCCUAGAGUGGUUUCUCUCCGUCUCAGGCGAUGUUCCAAGGAGCAUAAUAAGCGCAAGUUUCUGCUUGGGGUUGCUGAUGUGAGAAGUCCGGCUAAAAAAUGUAUUUUCUGAUGCAAAAAUGUCCCAAACCACCCUCAAGUACCUGCUGAUUGUUUUUAACACCAAGGGCUAACGUGGGAGUCCCAGGUCCAGCGAGUACCUGUCCCCGUGGUCGAGGGAAAGCUGUUUCUCCUGCCUCUGUUACUGCUUCACACUAAGGGUGGGUCUCCAUGCUGCCCUGCACACCUCCCAGGGGUGCAUUUUGCUCCUAACAGGUCCAGAUAUUUUUGCUAAAAACAACACAAAAGUUUAAAUGGUGCAGACCAAACUGAGUGCAUGGGAGCUAGGGACUCCCGGGUUCUUUGGACAGCUGUUUUCACUUACUACGUUGGAAAGCCCCUCUCCCUGUAUAAAAAGUCAAUGUGCUGGUUUAUUUGCCACACUGGAGCAUGGUUGUUCUGUGUAAUGGUCCUUAAUAUGUGCUGUAACUAUGAGAUAAAUUAGGGAUUGUUUCUCAUUGAGGCAAAUUGGUCCCUGGCUGAUGUGCUGGCAUUCCCGAGGACUGUGCGUGUGAACGUUGGAUGUUGGACGGUCCAGGGUCAAAGCAGGGAGACAGCGCCCUCCCGUCCUGGUCCCGGUGCACUGUUGUGUGCCUGGGGAGAAGUCACUUUAACCUGUCUGUGUCUCAGCUCCCACCUCUGUAAAAUGGGGUUAAUAAAACCUGUAUCAUGGGGAGGGUGGGGGUUGGAGGACUGCUUUAUAACAGGACCCACAGUUCAAAGGUACAAGAGACAUCUAAAUGAUCAUUACUGGGUAAUCAGGUAGGUUUCUGUGCUGUCUGUUCCUAGAGCCAGCCUUUAUGUGGGUUUUCCUGAUGUGCCAAUUACUAAAGAAUCGGGGCACCUAAUCUACUAAUUUAUAAAAGUCAAGGUAGUCCUGGGAGGACCGGUUUAGUCUUCUCAGAUGAGCUAUUCCCAGAGUAAGGCAGUAUCUCAGCUGGUGGCCAAACUGGAUCCCCAGAGAUUACUCAGGUUUGCAGAGAUGCACUUUGGCCUUCCUGAGACCUCUCAGGUGUAUUUUUAAUAAGCUACGUCCUACCCUGGCAGCAGCAGGAGCGUAGCAGUGCCCUCACCUCCCUCUUGUACCUGGGGCGAGUCGGGAUAGUUUUGCUGUUUUUGGACAGCGCGCCCUGCACUUGUGCAAGACGGUUGUUCAUGCAGCUUUGAGAGUAGGUUUGAUGAGCUCUUGUAUGGGAUGAUUUGGACAGGGCUGACCCUGCCUUGAGCAGAGGGUUGGACCAGAUGUGACCUCCUGUGGGUUUGCCAGCCCCACGGCUCUAUGGUUCUGUGGCCAAUUUGGAUUUUGUCUCUGAGAGAUCAGACAUCCCCCUGGGAGACAUGUUGUGAUUAGGACCAGAGUCAUCGUUUCACUCACUAAGCUGCCCUAUAGUUGAAGGGUUGGCAUUGGAGGAGACAUACCGCACCAUCAGAGACUCCGCUGAGCCAAUGCACCACAGCUGUGCCGGUUUCCACCAGACUGAAGGCUUCUGCAGCUGUUUCGUCUGCUAACGUGGCCUAACACAGAGCCCGUAACAGAUAUGCUGCCUUCACGAACCUCUUGUGGCUUAUGUGUGCAAUCAAGACACUAAAUUAAAACUGAUAAGGCUUCAAGUCUGGAGGAAAAGCUACAGGCUAGGUUACCACCCCGCAACACUGCUGACAUCUGAAGCAUACGACGGUGGUGUAAACAAAUGGAGCUGAGUUGGCUGUGUGCAAUGUGAAGAGCCUUUAUGACACAGGAGGGGAAAACUGGGCCUUGGAAACAGUUAUAGGACCCUGCUGCAGAUUGCAGGUGAAUUUGACUUAAUAAUUGGCUAAUGCUAGGGCUACAUAAGGGAGAUUUUUAUAGGAGGACUAGAUAUCGGUCCUAAGGACAGCCAGCUGGUAGUGUGAGCCGCCACAGAAAUGAUAGGCCAGUUUUCUGCCUGGAUAUUGAACAGUUGCACUAGCUGGGCACAUCUAUACUUGCAAUUAAUGCUAUUUGACUUUACUGCGCAGUAAAUUUACUGUGCAGUAAGUGCCUGCACAUGUAGACAGUGACUUUUUACUGUGCAGCAGAUUAGUCUACUGUGCAGUAAAGCAUCUAACGUAGACACGGCCACAGUGAAGAACAGUAUGCUGUUUCGUUGAGAAAGCUUUUCCUAAUAUCCAACCUGUGCUGGGAGUUCGUGGCAAACAACAAUUUAUUCAGUGGAUAUGGGGGAGAGCAAGCAUAAAUGAGCUGACCUCAAACCUGCCCGUACUGGUUUGAAGAAGUCCCUUAGUGGGAGAAAGAAAAUUAGCUGGAGGAUAUUGGAUUUGUUCCAUUUAAAAAGAGCAGCUUCAGUCAAUAUAGGAAGGACUUAAAUAAUCUGAAAAGCAGCCAGGGAAGAGCAGGAAUCCAGGAGAUUGUUUUUCUGAAAGACACAAGUCCAGUCACCAUAAACCUUAACGGAGAAAAAAACCUGAAAAAUCAUUGGGAGCCUUGGUGCAAACACUGAAGCUGCUAUGUCGUUUAUCCCUUUAAGCUCUUUUGUGACUCCUAAAAUUAAAGACUUGGUAAAUCCUUACAGAGUGGGUGUGGGGAUGCCCCAAGAAAUGUGAAGUGGCCAGAGGAAAUGGAGAGGCCAACAUUCAGAUAUCCCUUUGGGUUAUGGAAAACAGCGUGGUUAAAACAAGAAGGUGGGAUGCAACAGAGGAGGCCUCUGCCAGGAGCUGCCUCGAGAUGCACAGGAGGCAGAUGGGCAUGUUUAACUGUGUUCGUGACCUGGAAAAAAAGCAUAAAGCCAUUUGAUGCCUUAACGUACCAGAGCUCCUUCAAGUCCUUGGAGCUGGAACGAAAGUGGCCUCUGUCAGUUUGUUGGACUUUGUCGGUUUAGAGAGGGAUCAUGCUAUUUUUUAAAGGACUCGUAUUUGUGUUUGCUUUACUGUUUCCCCCCAUUUUGCAGUUGCUGAGAGUGCAUGAUAUGGGGUCAGGUUUGCAAUAAUAUGAAGUCCACAGUUGGGGAUUGAUUGCAAUAGGAGCCCUGCCAUCAACCUCAGAGGUGCUGCAUCAGGCCCGGUCAUUAAUCGCUGUUCGGGAGAACAGAACUGGCUCGGUGCGUGCUUAUCUUUCUGCCAAAGAGGUGCUAAGAGAAAUGGGUUUUUCUCACCCAAUGGUAAGUGAAGGGGAUAGACAGAAACAUUGUAAAUAUGAUAUUCCUGCAGUUGCCUCAUGCAUAGCUUUAACUUUAAUUAUGCUUUCUUUACACGUGCUGUGCUUUUUGCUGGAAGGUAACAGGGGCAAGUUGGCUAAUACUGAGGUCCAGUCAUGCUCCUAUUAAAAUCAGUGGGAAGGGAUUUCUUUUUAUUCUUAUCCUCACAAUGUGUUCUUCACGCUUCAUCCUAUUUUAUUUAAUAACGAGCUUGUUACUGACUUUUCUUCCUGGAGUUACCAAUCUAACUUUCACUGGAUCAAGGACUGUUUGGGGCUGUCCUGUUGGGAAACAGAUUUAGGGUCUUGUUAUGUUCUCCACCUUUCGGUCAAGAGGCAUUAGAGGAACAGACAGCAUCAUGCUAAGUCAGUGUGGUGCUGUGCACUUUGUGCCCUGAGCCAUUGGGACCCUUUCCCGCGUGGUAGCAUGCUGCAGGGAAAGCAUAGGACAAGUGUGCUGGGGUUAGAGUUGCAGGGGGCUAACCCCUAUGCAGGAUCUAACCCCUUUGCAGGGGUUAGAGUUGAAUUGUGGGGAGGUUCCCUUUAUUUUCACAAUGGUUUUCUAUAAUGAGAGAGCUUUCUGUAAAACAUAUAAAGGCUCGUGCAUUGUGGGCUAUUAGUUUGGGAGAGCACAGACACACGCGCAUCUGCAGUGUCACUUAUUUUUUAACCUGCUAUUCCUAAUAUUACACAACACACAAAAUACAGUAGACGUUUAAGCAUUGAGGUAAAAUAAGCCUGAACGACUAGCAGUGGUGUUCAUAAGCAAUGCCAGCCAAGCUUGUUUUAACUGAAAUGAAGAAUAAACAUGCCCCUUCCCAAGCGAAUGCAUGCCUGUGAUCCUAUGAUCCCUGCUGACUUCCUGCCCCUGGGGCAGGGGGCUGGACUCGAUGAUCCUCCAGGGUCCCUUCCAGCCCAAAUGUCUAUGAAGUCUAUGAAAUAUAAGACACACCAGCUUGUUGAUCUGACAAUAUAGCUCAGAGGAAGAGGUCUUACCAUCUCGAACCACAGAGACUUGUGUAAUGAAGAGGAAGACAGUGAGUUUAUUGUUCUUUCCUUUGCCAAGUACUUUCACCAAUAAAGGGUUGUUUCUGGCAGAUUUGCCUCAGUGUAAAAUGCUGACGCACAAAGCGAAACUUCGCUCAUGAAAUCUAAAAAGGGGGACGCCCUGUUAGCAGAUGGCAAAUGGUCCGACCGCAGAUCGGACUCCUCAGAACUUGGUACCGCAAACUCCAAGAGCAACGUCAAGAAGAUGCAGCCACGCUUGGUGCUUGGAAAUCCAGUUACGAGGUGGGACUAGUGCUGGAGAUGCUGCCGUCUUUCUCACAUACGGAGUGACAUUUUUGAGCCUGCUGUAAUGUAGGUACUUUUGCUGUUUUAAGCUCCAUUACACAGUGUAUACUAAUAAUGGCUAGGGAAAGCACAUUCCUUAUGGUAAACCUGCUACGGAAAAACAUUUGUCUGUACAUGUAAGGUAAGACACCAGGGUGUCCAUGCCUGUCUUGUAUGAUACAAUAUGAUUAUUAUAUUAUAUGAUAUAAUAUUUGGCUAUUCUGUAGGCAUCAUUUAUGCCUGUUAAUGACUUAAUUUGAUCUUUGGUUCUUUUUGCUUGUUUGUUCUUCUAUAUUUCUAAAUAAAAAGGAAAAAAAAAGUGAA